AAUCUGUAUUUUUAUGUCUAUCCAAGUCAAUGAUACGACAAAAAUUCAUAAAACAAUGAAUAAUUUAAUUCCAUUUGCAAUAUUAUGAUUUAGAUUGAUUGCUACAACAUGGUCCGUGAAUAUGACUCACGAGAAAGAGUUAUUCAAAAUUUAAUUUCAAUGUUUUUUUCUCACCAUAUAAACCACAUCACUCAUUCAAUUCUUUUAAGUGCAUAGCUUCAUAGCACAACACUAAAAAUCUUUGAAACAUGGCUAACUAUGCUAUAGCCAAUGUUUUGAUACUUCUCUUGAACUUGAGUACCCUACUCAAUGUUCUUGCUUGUCCUUACUGUCCUUACCCAUCUCCUAAACCACCAACACACCACCCUCCUAUUGUUAAACCACCGGUUCACAAACCACCAACAUAUACUCCUAAACCACCAACACAUACUCCUAUACCACCAAUUCACAAACCACCAACUCAUUCUACUAAACCACCAAAGUAUACUCCUAAGCCAACACCUUGUCCACCACCAUCAUCAACACCAAAACCACCACAUGUUCCAAAACCACCUCAUUACCCUAAACCACCAAUAGUUCAUCCACCUCAUGUUCCAAAACCACCAGUUGUGAAACCACCAAUAGUUCAUCCACCUUAUGUUCCAAAACCACCGGUGCAUCCACCUUAUGUGCCAAAACCACCAGUGCAUCCACCUUAUGUCCCAAAACCACCAGCUGUGAAGCCACCUUAUGUUCCUAAACCACCAGUUGUCCCAGUAACACCACCAUAUGUUCCUAAACCACCCGUUGUGAAACCACCAAUUGUUUAUCCACCCCAUGUUCCGGUUCCUCUUCCUCCGGUAGUACCAAUAACACCACCUUAUGUACCAACACCACCAAUUGUGAAACCACCAAUUGUUUUUCCACCACAUGUUCCUGUUCCUAUUCCUCCUUUUCCUCCCGUUGUACCAAUAACACCACCAUAUGUUCCAACACCACCGAUUAUCACACCGCCAACACCAACACCACCAGUAGUUACUCCACCAACGGUACCUAUACCAAGCCCACCUAGUGAAACACCAUGUCCUCCACCACCACCAGUGGUUUAUCCACCACCACCAGCUCAACAAACAUGUUCCAUUGAUGCAUUGAAGUUAGGUGCAUGUGUUGAUGUGCUUGGUGGACUCAUACAUAUUGGAAUUGGUGGAAGUGCCAAACAAACAUGUUGUCCAUUGCUUUCAGGACUUGUGGACUUGGAUGCUGCUGUGUGUCUUUGCACCACUAUUAGACUCAAGCUUCUUAAUAUCAACAUUGUUCUUCCCAUUGCUCUUCAGCUUCUAGUUGAUUGUGGAAAAACUCCACCAGAAGGAUUUAAGUGCCCAUCAUCUUAAUCAAAUAGUCACAAUUUAAAGCUAGUACAUUUAUAUUUUGGAGGAAUUGCAUGAAUAGGUUGCUUGGAAUAAGGUUAACAAUGUUGAAAGAGACAUAGUGAAGAAAUUGUCAUUGUUUCUCGUUCAUCAAAGUUGUAGGACACCAGAAAUUAAGGCCAUGAAGAACAGAGUAGAAAGUACUGUUAUGAAAAUUAUGUAACUGAGUGCAGAGUAGAAAAAUUUCUGUACUUUCACGUAGUAGUUGUCGUCAUGCAUUAUUAAUAUGACAUACCCUUUGGAUUUUAUUAUUAUUAUUUUCUGUUUUCUUUCUUUUUGUUUCUUUGUUUCAUUGCGUGUGAUGCUCUGUGUGCAUGUCAGCGCUUGUAAUUGUAAGUUCAACCCGUGAGUGAAUGCUUUGGGGAAAUGUAUAAGUUCUUUUUAUAUUUUCUUCAAAACACUUAUCAUGUUACACGUUACUUUAAUAAGAUUCUAAGCAUGGAUGUUUA